GCAAAAUUCAGUAUUACGGUCGAGGUUACAGUAGAACAGUCAAAGUCACAACUCUGAUUUCCAGCAGCGUCCAAGUACCCAUUUUAUUUAUCAAGUGGGAUAUCUCGCAGAGGCAAGAAAGCAUGGGCCAAUGCUGAACUGUCUAUUCACCGUUGUUUGCUUAUUUUAUUCAAAAUUGUAAACUUUGUCGACUGCUGGAUCACAUUUAAGUGUAUAGUGUUCCUGGCUUGUUAGGUGUGUUUACAAGUCAGUGCCAACCUACAAAAACAAAUAGCUUCGAUACAGAAAGACACAUACCUCUGUUUCAACUACUUCAAACUUUGGGAUUUCGGGUCUUCGACGGUCGGAAGAUAUGGAAUCGACAAAGGCUGGGGGAGUCAUCGCGUACAUCCACUCAUCGAGCUCGGAGUCGUGUCUCAGCGACAGCUCUGACAGCAGCCAGCAGCCAUCUCCGCCGCCCCUCCACCCAUCCCGGAGCCAGAGAUGUGACGCGUUUGCCAAAACUCCUUUUGCCGUGGCCAGGCCCCCGCACGGGUCAGAGAGGAUGGCACGCUCUGUACCCAACACUGAUUGUGGCGCUUCUAAGGUCAGUGGCUUGGUGCUACUCUGCAAGGUUUGCGGUGACGUGGCAUCAGGCUUCCAUUAUGGCGUCCACGCCUGCGAGGGCUGCAAGGGUUUCUUUAGGCGGAGCAUCCAGCAAGACAUCCAGUACAAGAAGUGUCUUAAAAAUGAGAAUUGCCCCGUCAUGCGGAUAAACAGGAACCGAUGCCAGCAAUGCAGAUUCAAGAAGUGCUUGUCAGUGGGAAUGUCAAGAGACGCGGUCAGGUUUGGUCGCAUUCCCAAGCGUGAGAAGCAGCGCAUGCUUCUGGAGAUGCAGAGCGCCAUGAACAGCAUGAUGAACAGCAGCCCGCUGCAUAAUCAGCUCCACGGCAACCAUGCGCCUCUCUGUCCCACCGAGCAAAUCUUCGGCGAUCCCAAAAGCUCCCCGACGUCGUGCUCGCUGGCUUCUUCCCCUCCGAGCCCUCAGGAGAAGUCCUACGACGUCAAACCCCGAGCAGCCAUGAGCUCCUCCCCAAAAUCCACGUCUUCCUUCUCUUCAGACAGCGGGGAGGAAGAGGUCAUUGGGACGGUGACCACAGCACACAAGGAGAACUUCAUGUACAACCAAGAGCAGUGUGGCACGGAGCCCGAGGUCCCGCCGCCUUCUGUCGUCCCCGGACAGGGGGGCGCCGGCAGUGAUGAGAGGCAAGUGAACUGGAAUCGCUGGAACAAUCACGUUACAAUGGGACACUGUAGCCUGCCCCCCCAACAAGACCAGCAAGGGACCAACAGAGUCUACAGGGACAAUUUCUUCAACCACUGUCCCGACCAGCAAUAUAAAAGCCCUCCUAUCAGCCACUGCCCCGCCUACACAGACAGCCAGCUAUUCAAAGGCCAUCAUAUCGUCGAGGCUGGUAGAGGAUUUGCUGGGUCGUCCUGGGCCACUGGGAGCAGGAUGCACCUGGUGUGUCCCAUGAAUAUGUCACCCUUCGUGAACCCGUGCAAAUCCAGCCAAGAAAUCUGGGCGGAGUUCUCCAUGAGCUUCACUCCGGCCGUCCGCGAGGUAGUGGAGUUUGCAAAGCGAAUUCCUGGAUUUCGGGACCUCUCCCAGCAAGACCAGAUCUGCCUGCUGAAGGCUGGAACGUUUGAGGUGCUAGUUGUACGUUUUGCAUCGCUGUUCGACUCGACGGACCGCACGGUGACCUUCCUGGGUGGUAAGAAGUACAGCAUGGAAGCGCUGCGCUCCAUGGGAGCCGGUGACCUGCUGACGUCCAUGUUUGAGUUCAGCGAGAAGCUGGCGGCCCUGAAACUCAGCGAGGAGGAGAUGAGCCUGUUCACCGCCGUCGUCCUGGUUUCUGCAGACCGCUCGGGUAUCGAGAACGUGAACUCCGUGGAGGCUCUGCAGGAGAGCCUGAUCCGCGCCCUGAGGACUCUCGUCAUGAAGAACCACGCCAACGCAGUGGCCACCUUCACCAAGCUGCUACUGAAACUCCCAGACCUGCGCUCCCUCAACAGCGUGCACUCAGAGGAGCUCCUGACCUUCAAAGUGCACGCCUGACCUGCGGCAAACGUGCAUGUAAACGUGUCCGUUCACCUUGUACAGAACUGUCAGAGAAGGGGGCCACGAGUGAAUGGCACUGUGUGCUUCACAGAACCCCUCCCUCAAGCCCAAAUAAACGCACACAUUUAUGAAAGGUUUGCUGAUCUGUGAGCUGUUAGAAGCACUUUGUUAUCGUUCAGUGCAAUAUAAAUCUAUCUACUUUCCAGUUAUUUCCAUUUUGAUGUUAUUUCCUUUGUGUUUUUGAGACAUACUGUACUUAAUAAGCAUGAAUGUAAGUCCAAGCCGAAGCAGAACUUGUGGAGGUUCUGGUUUCACAGAAGCUGGUGGUGCUGAAGAAGGAGUCUGUAGUGACCCAGCACGUUCUCCGCAGGAAAAGCUUGUUUGGCUUGAUCGCGGUGCAGAUUUCUGUCCGCGUGCUGAUUUCAUUAUAAACAUUCUACCUCUUUUGGAAAUUCAGACAGACAUAUUGCGGUUUUACUGUUUCAGUAGCCUUCAAUAUUAUAUCAGGCAAGAGCACUGUUGCUGUUCUGGGGAGUCGUUUCAGAUAUCAUGUUUUUCUAAAGCAGAGGGACAAAUGUGAAACACAUAACUGCCCGUGUGUGUGUGUGUGUGUGUGUGUGUAUAUAUAUAUAUACAUAUACAUACACUACUCUCCUCAUUUUUUGCAUUGCUGUGAUGUGUAAUGUAAAAGAAAUGGGUUCUAUCUAAAUGGGCAUGUCAUGCUGGUGCCUAACUUGAACCCUGGCAAUGUCUGAUACUGCUAGUUCAGUGCUGAGAUUCUUUCGGAUAUGAGGUGUGGUUUGUGUGCGCGUUGCGUCUAACUCGGCUAGCUCGUCGCUGACACUUGAGAUGUACGCAGGCCCAUUUUGUGCAUCGUGCAUUUCUGCGGCAAGAAGACUCCCGGCAGAUGUGUGUGUGUGUGUGUGUGUGUGUGUGUGUGUGUGUGU